AUGGAAAUGUAUCCAGAAGCGACCAACAUCCCCGGUGUCUUACACUACAUCCCUCCCAAUGUCUCCGCCUUCGAACCCACCAAACCUCUCGUACGAAGCGCCAAAAUCAACACCCUAGUAUGGGUCGGCGGCAUGUUCGACACGCUCGGGAGCGUCUCAUACCCAUUCGAAAUCGCACAGUCCCUGGGGCUAGAAUGGAGUCUAGUCACCUGCAGCCUCUCGUCCGCCGGCUUCAGCUGGGGCGUCAACUCCAUCGCAACAGACGCAGAAGACAUGCGGAAGAUCAUCGCAUAUCUCAAAGAGCGUCGUCCCGGCGGGAAGAUCGUCAUCAUGGGACAUUCGACCGGGUGUCAGGAUUGUAUGGAAUACUUGGUCGGGGCGAAUGCGGAGAAGCGGCCAGAGGUGGAUGGGAUCAUCUUACAAGCACCGGUCUCUGAUCGCGAAUCCAUAGAGGAUGAACUUCCGGAAGCUUUCCGACGUGAAGCGGACCAGCUGGCUUUGAAGAUGUGCCGCGAGGGACAAGAUAGGGAUGCAUUGCCGAAUAGACUUACGAGACCUGUAUUCGGACGACUGGCUAUAACGGCACGGAGAUGGGUCGAUGUGUCCUCCCCUGGUCCGAACCAUGAUGGUGCGGAUGAUUACUUCUCCUCGGAUUUGCCUACGGAGAGGUUGAAGAAGACCUUCGGGAGAUUGACGUCCCGGACACCGUUGUUGAUCUUGUACAGCGGAGAUGACGACUCGGUGCCGAAGAGUGUGGAUAAGCAGAAACUCGUGCAGAGCUGGAUGCAGGUUGUGAAAGAUGCUGGAGGUGCUGUUGAUGAGAGCAAUGGUGGUGUGGUACCCAAGGCUACUCACAAUUACAACGAAAACCCCGAAGAUGUUAGGAAUGAUUUGAUAAAGAGGGUUGUGAGCUUUAUUGGCCGGAUCGAUGCAGCGGAGUUCGGCACGAUAGGUUCUGCGCCGCGGAUAUGA